GAAAACCAGGAAAUCCAAGCUUGUGUAGAGUAAAAGAAGAGGAGCGUAAGCUUUUAUCCUCGUUUUCGAUAAUGUCUCUUUUCAAAAACAGUCCGUUUUUGGUUUGUUUAGUAUUAAGUACUUACGCUCUCGCGUCUAGUGUCGGAGUGAACCUUACCGCUUCAGAUUCAGAGGACAAACUGAAACAAACAGUGUCUUUGAGCCCUGCUGCUCCUGCUGUUGUUGCCAUGGUUGACUUGCCUGUGUUCAAGCCCGCUGUGGACUCCCUCUUCUCCCUCAAUCUGCUGUCUUCCUUCCCAGAAGACCUGGAAAUCAGCGACUACUGCAGCGAGCUGCUUCACAUAUUCGGACAGCGGUAUGUCGCCUAUGUCAACUGCUUGGUGACUGCUGCCCGACCUGUUAAAGUUUGCCAGAACUGUUUCUCCAGUUAUGGCAGCCUCAUGAACAUAUAUAUGAACAUAUCAUCAGACCAGAUGGGUCCUGGUAAUGUGAGCUGCCGAGACAGCCUGCUGCGCAGCGAUCACCUGAUGCUGGUUUAUCUGCUAUACAGCAACAUGGAAGACAUUUGGAAGAAAUCAGCCUGUGACAACUGCAUCAAGGGAUUCCAGAGUCUGACCAAUGACACGCUGUACUUCCUAAGCUCUCUCAACCAAACUCUCACCUGCUUUGAGAAGUAUCAACAGGGGAACCAUACAGAGCUGUGCAAAGACUGUAAGAAUGCAUACAAAGACCUGAAUGAGCUGUACAGCCGAAUGGAGACAAAUCUGACCAUGUGUGUUGACAUAGAGGAUUCGAUGAAUAUGACUCGCAGACUGUGGAGUAAGAACUUCCAUUGUUCCUUCCCCCGUGAGGAGACGGUGCCUGUCAUCGCUGUGUCCAGCUUCAUGCUCUUUCUGCCCAUCAUCUUCUACUUGAGCAGCUUCCUUCACUCUGAACAAAAGAAACGCAAGCUCAUACACCCCAAACGGGCAAAGUCAUACUCCAGUCUGAUGAACAUUCAGGACAAACUGAGCUGAAGAGGAGACAGGUGAAGACUAAAAUGGGGGACAGCCCUCUUUUAGUGGAAGUUCCAACCUGGGAGAAGAUUUGACUCCUCAUUGGUUGUGUCUGAGGUUUGAAUGUAGAGGACUCAACAACAGCAUUCUAUGUUUUGUUUUUCAGGAGGAUUUGAUCAGUAUUCAGAGGACAUCGACGAUCUAGAUAAACGAAAGUGAAAUGAUUUGAGCACAUUAAACAUUUGCUUUCAUAUCCUUCAAAUAUUCCUCUCAAAAUAUUGCCAAUAUUUUUGAAACACAUAAAACAAAAACAUGCAGUAUUCAUAUUUUGAUGUUUUAGAAAACCAACACAUUGUACACAUUGUGUUUGAAUCUGCCUCUUACAGCAAUAAUUUAAGUGACAUUUUGGAUCUAUAUUAAGCGAGAUGUGUUUGAAUCAAAGUUUAUCUUAAGUUUUUAAACUACUAAUCAGAUGGUUGUUUAUUGUUGCUGCACAGACCCUGGCCUCUCCUUCCUUUCAACUUGUUAACAAUCUUCAUGUUAUAUGGCUCAUCCUGCAGCCUGCGACACAACUGUCACAAACUAACGUGUGUAUGUGCUCUAUUUAUGGCUUGAGAAAUGGGUUUUCUGUCUCUAAUGUAUGUCCAGAAGAGAGCUGCAAAAAAGGAAGCACUUGAUGUCCAUUAGUGGUGACAUGUAUCUGCUGUAAGAAGAAGGGGUGCACAUCAGUAGGGAGGGGGGAGUAAAUAAAGACAUUACGCAUAAUGUAAGAGCACUCCAGAGUACUACACUGUGAUGUUACCUGUUUUCCAGUUAGUAUUUAUGUGGUUGCAUAAAGUUUUUAAAGUGC